AUGAUCAACGCGGUCCUCGUCUUCAACAAUGCCGGCCAGCCGCGCUUGACAAAGUUCUACACCCAGCUCGAGACCAGCGUCCAGCAGCGCCUGAUCUCCGAGAUCUUCACCCUCGUCGCCAACCGCCCCAACUCGGCCUGCAACUUCCUGCCCCUCCCUCCCCUUCUCCAACAGUCGAGCAAGUCCUCCACACCUUCUACCCCGCACAAUGACACCCCCUCCCUCGUAACCUACCGCCACUACGCAACCCUCUACUUCAUCGUCAUCAGCACCUCGACCGAGUCCCCCCUCGCCCUCCUCGAUCUGAUCCAAGUCUUCGUGCAGGCGCUCGACGGGCUGUUUGAGAAUGUGUGCGAGCUGGAUCUGAUCUUCAACUUCGAGACGCUGCAUGCGGCGCUGGGCGAGAUGAUCGUGGGCGGCGUCGUCGUCGAGACGCAGCUCGACAGAGUGGUGGAGGGAGUCAAGGCGCAGGGGAGGGUUGCGAAGAGGCCGGUAAAUGAAGGGAAGGGAUUGGGCGGGUUUGAGGGGUUAGGGAGGGGCGGCGGCAUGUGGGCUGGUCGGUAG